GGGCACUGGUUAUUUGGUAAACAUACAGGCUUCUAAUGAAAUGAGUAGUUGUUUUUCAGACCAGUGACAGUAAAGGAACAUGGAGAAAAUGGGAAGCAGCAUAAACAGAAAAUCAAUGGCCAGACUGCACAAGGCUAAAGUUAUGAUUGCUGGAGAACAACUGAGGUUGAGGCUGCAUGAUGGCAAACUGAUCAAGGAUCGACGGUACCAUCUGCGCACUUACCCCAACUGCUUUGUAGCCCAAGAGCUUACAGACUGGUUGAUCAGCAACAAGGAAGCUCCCGAUCGGGCCACAGCAGUCUGCCUCAUGCAACACCUGAUGGACCAUGACAUUGUGCACCAUGUUUGUGACAAGCACCCUAUAUUCAAGAAUGCAAAAUUGCUGUACCGUUUCCGUAAGGAUGAUGGCACAUUUCCAUUUAACACCGAGGUGAAGGUCUUCAUCCGAGGACAACGAUUGUAUGAGCAUCUAAUAACUGGCAGAGACUCCAUUCUGCAACUAAGGGAGGAGCAGGGUGUUGCAUACCAGCGCUCCAUCCCUGGCUGCCAGUUGAUGGACUGGUUGUUACAGAAUGGAGAGACAGAGAGUAGGCGCCAGGGUUUGGAGUUCUGCCGUGCUUUGCUAGAGCAUGGCAUCAUUCAGCAUGUGUCAAAGAAGUACGACUUCUUUGACAGUAGAUUACUGUAUCAGUUCUGCAUCAAUUUUCGCCGCCGGCGCCACCUGUCUGAGCUCUUGAAUGAAACUGAGCGAGACAAAAAGGAAGGUGCAUCAGUGCAUGCACUGGAGGACAACCAUGCCGACAGCCCCUUUGUCCUGCCCAAGAUCCCCCCACAAGAGGAACGCAGUGGGUUUCAAUCUGCAGUGCAGCCCAAUAAACCAUUGAAGAUGAUACCCAAUGUGCAUCAGGCCAUUUUGAACUCUCUGCAGCUACAUGAUAGUGGAUAUUUACCCCCUGCCACACUCUCCUCUGCCCCAGUGGUGAGAUGCAAUCCAAAAUCAGUACUUAAGAGGAAUGUAACAUGUGAGGAGCUACUGUCCCCUGGUGCACCCUUCAUCAAGAGAGUGUUGACGGUGAUGGGAGAUGCAGUGGGCUGGGGCUUUGUGAUCAGAGGUGUGGCUCCAGUUUACGUCCAGGCAGUCGAUCCUGGAAGCCCUGCUGCUGCUGCAGGGGUUAAGGUGUGUCAGUUUGUGUGCCAGGUGAAUGGGCGGAGCGUUCUCCACCUGGAUUACCUCCAGGUCACCAGGUUGGUGAUGACCGGACCUCGCACUGUUGUGUUGGAGGUCAUGGAACCACUGGGGUCUUGAAGUCCCUUCAAAAUCUUCCAAAAUCAGCCUCCAAAAUCUCCUGAACUAACUCCACUAUUGUGUGCUGUGUGCCAAAUGGGAAAGUUGUGGUAUCUUUGGCUGCAUUUAGACAGGCAGCCCAAUGAUGAUCGUAUCCACUAAUUGGUCUUUUGACCAGUAAAAUCAGAUCUUUUCACACCAGAGCUUUUUCAGCGCAGAUCUGAUUCAUCAAAUGAUCAAUUACUUAAAAAGAUUAGAAGUGGGAUGCCUGUCUAAACCCCGCCCUUGUAGCCUACAAAAAGAUCUGUAAACUACUUCCAAUUUCUUAGGAGUCUUGAAAUAAAAAUUAUCCCAGUGCAUGGCUUUGCUGUUGAGCAUCCAUGGCUGUAGAUAGCUGAGUUGUAGAUUCAGCCUGUUAAAUAUUAUUACGUCUAUUCAUGAUGUAGCUACAGUAGCUAGCCUAGAGAGAAAUUGGCAGUGCCUGCCAAAACUAUACUGAAGAAAAAUAUAAACGAGGCUAUAUGAGCUGAAACAAAAGAUCCCAGAAAUGUUCCAUAUGCACAAAAAGCUUCUGUCUCUCAAAAAAAAUGUA